GAGAGUCAGUCGGUGCGCUGCGGCGUGAGGUUGCAUUGUCGAGGCGUUCCCUCCCUUUUCUCUUAUACUCUGCCGCGGCAGCAUUGGCAGCAGUGAGUAGCAGCAGCAGAAGAAAAAAAAACGGAGUCAGGCUUAGUAAAAGCGUAUAUAAGCUAUACGCGUCUACGUCUUGAAGUGCGCGUUGUUGUUUGUGCGUUCCUGGAGAAAAUGCGCCGACGACGAUAGUGAGCGUCGCAGAGAAUGCGUAGCAGCUUAUCGGCGGCGAGCAGCAGCUUCGCCGCUCCCCCAGCCAAAGAAGAAGAUAAUUAGAAGAUCAAACUUACUAGAAAUAAAAGAAAACUAGAAAGAUGGGUUGGAAUCGGAGAUUUGACAAUCACACACUGGAUGCUCUAAAUAAAGGAUGUUUGGAUUUAUAUGACGGAAUAGCAUGUGGUCGAAUCAGCCUAUUAGUUAUACUCAGUGUCAUAACACUGUUUUUUGUAGUUGUCAAGAUAAUCAAGUAUCACAGUUACAAACACUCGCAGAUGCAUCACUAUGCCAUAUUUUACAUUUCUGCUGUUCAAUGUAUCGUAAGUGGAGCUAGUUUUAUAUUUGGAGUUCGAUAUCCACAACUGCAUUUUGCCACAAAUUUCUUCAAACUUUACCAAUUCAUUUUAAUUUGCCAUCUACAUUGGUCAACAGCUGCACGAUCUCGACACAGAGAUGACAUUGUACAACAUGUGAUCAAUCCAAUUCUUUGUUUAUAUACUCUCUACUACAUAACAGUAGUUUUGAUGGGUAUGGUUGACAUCAGUGGAACUUGGACAGAAUGUUUUAAACCUUACUGGCUGAUGCUGUCGAGUGCAGAUUUCAUUGCAGUCCAACUGUUUGCAAUUAUUGCUCUAUAUGUUACACAUAGCAAUAGACAGUUAGUUAUAUCAGCUCUGAUGAUGCCUGCAACUUCAUCUCAAACGAGAGAUUUAUGGCUUGUAACUGCAGUCUACGAAAUUUCGGCUGCAGUUUCGGUGGUAUUUGAUGCAGUUAUGGUCCUAAUCGGAAAAGACGAAAGCGGUUGCAGUGGAAUUUACAAUCAUGCAGAAUUGUACUACAGCUCAAUAUUAGCGAUCCUCGUGAUUCUAAAAUAUUUUGUGCCAACUUGGAUACUUCUUUGCGUCUUUCAGCCAAGUAGAGUAAAAUCAAGGCCAUCUGAGGUAGCUCUUACUUCUCAUUAUAACAUGGAUGGCUCGUGUUAUAAUCAGUAUCACAAGAUGUUUUUGCCAAAUUUUGGUUCGUCUGGGUCGAUCACGUAUCCAGCAUUAUCAUACCCAACUAAUUCUCCAAUGUUUGGAGCACUAGGGGACUUCUCUGAUAGCUCACCGGAUGCAUCCCCAACAAUUGGUCGAUAUUGGAAUGGGUUGGAUAAGGAUUUGUAUGGCGGAUAUGAAAAACAUUUUAUCAAUGCUGAUCAACACAAAGAUAUACUUGAAAAUCGCCAGAGAAUGGAGCAGGCCCGACAAAAUCUUGAAAGGAGCCUUGGAUUAGAUUUGAAUAACGACCAAGACUCCCAGGACAAUAACCGAUAUUUAACAACUAUCAGUGAAGAAAGUGCAAAUAUUACAGAGAAUCCACCAGAAUAAAUCUUGUGCAUGUAAUCGAAGGCAAGACACGUUGAACCUAGUCGGAAUAGGUACCUAAUCAAAAAAUUCAUUUUCCAAGAUACUCAUUUUAUAAUUCGAAAAUUUGUUCUGUUAUAAGUUGUUGAAAACAAAAUGUUUAGAGAACAUUCCGUUUGCCAACGAAGAAAAAAAAUUUUAAAGGCGUAUCGGUGCGAAUAAUAAUAGAAAGGAUUUCAGAGCGGUAUUCGCAAUUAUCCUUCCAAAUGCUGUGAUUUAUUGAUGCUCAAGGUCGUCUAACCAUUUAAAAAAUCAUAAUUUCUUACCAUCAUCUCAGUGAGAUACGUUUCGAUUUACAAUCGUGACGGUUUAUCAUAUUAUUAACAAAUAUCGAAUUUUAAUGAUAUUAUUGCAUUUUGAUCAUUACACUAGGCUAGGAGAAAAAACUAACACCAUAGACUUACAUUUUUUAAAUUUAAUAGAUGAGUCACGAUGAUGUUGCAAGUGCAUGAAUGACUUAUAUAUGAAUAAUUAUCAAAUCAUACUAUGAUAAUAAUAAAACAAAUGUAUAGCCAGGAAGCUCGUUAUUCUAGACUUACGAAGUAAUGAGAUAAUUAUGUAAUAAGUCAUUAUGUAUGAUGAACAAUGAAUUUACAUUUUGAGCACAUUGUUACUGUAACCGAGUUAUCACAUCUUUUUAUAUUGUUAUUGGUACUUGCCAUUAAUGAAUCAAUUUGCGGUGCCAAGAUAAUGGUUCUUUUCUAUAUUGAACAAAUACUCAACUAUGGAUUAAAAUCUCUCUUUCUCAACAUUCAAAAUUAUGCAUAUACACAUUUUUUUUAUAAGAAAUCUGAUAUACUUAGUUUUUUUGUGAUUUGCUAAUUUGUAUUAUAAACUUCGAAAUAUUCACCUACUUAUACUUUUAUGAAAGUAUUCAUGGUUAUUAAAAACAACAGAAAUAACAACAUAAAACUUUUGUAAUUUAUUAAUAUCAUUUCAACAAAAUAGAAAAUAGUAUUGUAUACUUUGUGCAAGUUCUACGACAAGUGCAAAUACACGACAUCGUUAUAGCUUGCAUGAUUCAAAAUAUCCAAAUUAUAGAUUGCAUGAACUAUGUAUACUCUAUGAGCGUAAUCUCAACUCGUAUUAAACAUAUAAGCAUGAUUGAAUUUGAAUACUCGGUUAUGCGAGUAAUUUUAUAAACCAUGAAAAUGUAUAUAAACUAAUUUAUCCUUAAAUAUAUGUGCGUAGUUAAGUGAUAUCGAUCGCUAAAUAUUAUAGAUAUUUAUGAUUCACGUAAAGUAUGUUAUGAGUAAGAUGCGAGUUUGAUCAGUCAAAGUCGGAUCAUACUGACAAAUUUAAUACAAUCUUGCAAGGCCUCUUUUGUGUAUUUAUAAAAGCGUUAUGUGUAUUGACUAUUUUUUUUAAAUGCAGUCAGUUUACUACUCAUGAGAGUAACUCCAAUAUUUAAUGAUUGAAAAAUGAAUGCUUAGAUAAGAUCUUCUUACGUUUACACUCAUAUUUAAAUGUAAGAUGUAUGUAAUGUGUGGAUUAUCUUUAAAUGCAUGUUAUAUAAUCAUCAGUUUUCAUUAUUCUUUCAAUCAAAUUUAUGAAAAUGUACAUAAGUAUAUAUUAUUUUAAAACAAAUUUCAAAUUAUAUAUUUUAUUGUUUAAAAAUUUUUUUUACUCAAAUGAAUUCAUUUAUACAGAUUCUACGUUGUAAAUGGUUUAUCAGCGGCAUGUUUUAUUAAUUAUAAUUUUAUAAUUUUAUAUUAAACCAA